CAAAUCUCCUACAGAAUGUAGUGUGACUGUGUUUACAAAGACAGAUUAACAGUUCUGUGUAUCACUUCUUCCUGGAAAGAACCAACGCCGCAAUGUCUGAUAGCGACUCGAGUGAAAAUGACACUGGUUUACUCACACCGAUAUUCCUCAGGAAAGGAUCUCGGUGCAGCCGAGAAACCCCAGCUGGAACACCGUCUUCUAUAUCAAGUUCAAUAGUACUUGGCCAGAUUCCCGAAAAAGUACUUCGUGUUUGGAGUCUAUUACCACCGGCGAUACGUUUGGAUCCUAGCUUGGCAGCUUUUCAGAGGGAAUACAACCGAUUCCACCAAGCUACAGAAGGAAAAUCAUCAGAUGCCAGGAACGAAGAUUGUCUGAUUGUGAACAUGUCUGUUGAGACACAUCCUACACUUGCUAAAAAAAAGCACGACGAUGAUACAAACGCGGAUACUUUGAACGAGUCUCAGGAAACUAAACAGAAGCCACAUUAUCGUUACAUAAAAUUAACAGUUUUGUUCUGCUGUUGGUUAAUAUUCACGUCUAUACUAAUGAUCAAGAGUGAAAAAAUUGAAACUAUGCAUCAAAUUUCAGUACCAAGGGGACAAGUAAAGAAUUAUAAAAUCCACGGCGAUAUUUCUAGCAAACAUAUUAGUGUCGUCGUAGAAGGUUCAUUCCUACCUCCGGCUAAAUUAAUGAGUCAUAUGAAUGUAUCUGAGCGAUAUUUAAUGUUAUGGUUAGAAUUAACACAUAACACAAUAAAUAUAAAUAAUAAAUCUUCAGUUGAAUUCUCUAACCGAAUCAAGAACAUUAGCAAUGUAUGGAUGUUACCAGUACUUCCGGAAAAUCUAGUGGACAUUUUUCCAGGUGAAAGGCAUCAUAAGACCUUUGAAUUAGAAAACGCUGAUAUAAGCGCAUUGGAAGAAGGUCUGCUGUCAAUUAAACUAAAAACUAAUCUAGAAUCCAGUUUCGCAGUCUCCCUGACUUACGAUUUGUCGUUGAUAGACAAAAGUAUCGGUAUAGCAUAUGCUGCAAUAGUUUUAGUGGGAUUAUAUGUAUUAAUAAUAUUUGAGGUUGUCCAUAGAACCCUUGCUGCCAUGCUAGCGUCCACAAUGUCUAUCGCGAUAUUAGCAGCGUUAAAUGAGAGGCCAACAAUGGGUGAAUUGAUUUCAUGGAUAGACGUCGAUACGCUGAUGUUAUUAUUUUCUAUGAUGAUACUUGUUGCCGUUAUUGCUGAAACUGGCAUAUUUGACUGGUUAGCAGUCUAUGCUUAUAAGAUAACUGGAGGAAGAGUAUGGCCACUUGUGAAUACGUUAUGUUUCUUCACAACGUUCAUUUCCUCCUUCUUAGAUAACGUUACAACAGUGCUUUUAAUGACACCGGUAACAAUCAGAUUAUGCGAAGUAAUGGAAUUAAAUCCGGUACCAGUAUUGACAGCAAUAGUUGUUUUCUCUAACAUCGGCGGUGCUAUGACACCCGUGGGUGACCCGCCGAACGUAAUUAUCGCAUCCAAUCGUGAUGUUAUAAAUAGUGGUAUCGAUUUCAGUACAUUCACAAUACACAUGAGCAUUGGUGUAAUAUUGGUAAUAAUUACAGUCUACGCUCAGCUACGAUAUAUCUUUCGAGAUGUGGCUGUCCUUAGAUUCGAUGAACCACAAGAUGUACAAGAAUUAAAACAUGAAAUUGCCAUUUGGCAACGAGCUGCAGCAAGUUUAUCGAGUUACAGUAAAGACGAAAACUUAGUCAGAGAAACUUUAUUGAAAAAAGUUCAACGGUUACUCUCUCAAUUAAAAAAGAAAGUACUCACUGGCAGUGUUGCGCUUGAGAGAUACGAAACUACACUGGAAGAACUACAAGAAAAGUAUCCUAUUCGGGACAAAUGGUUACUAGCAAAAUCUGGAUUCACGUUACUUUUCGUGAUCAUUCUGUUUUUUCUCCACAGUAUUCCGAAUCUGCAUUUGUCUCUCGGUUGGACAGCAUUGGUUGGUGUUCUUUUAUUACUAAUUUUAGCGGACACUGAAGAUUUGGAUGGUAUUAUGGCACGUGUAGAAUGGAGUACUUUGUUAUUUUUCGCAUCAUUAUUUAUCUUAAUGGAGGCACUUUCUCGGUUAGGUCUUAUUGCUUGGAUAGGAAAACAAACAGAAAAUAUUAUCCUAUCAGUGAGCGAAGAAUCACGUUUAGCAGUGGCUAUAUUGCUACUACUCUGGGUUUCAGCAUUUGCGAGCGCAUUCGUUGAUAAUGUACCUUUGUCAACUAUGAUGAUAAGAAUCGUAACAAACUUAGCACAAAACAGUGAACUUGGUUUACCACUACAACCUUUAGUGUGGGCCUUAGCUUUCGGAGCCUGUAUGGGAGGGAAUGGAACUUUGAUUGGAGCUACCUCUAACGUAAUUUGCGUAGGUGUCGCCGAGCAACAUGGAUACAGAUUUACUUUUAUGCAAUUCUUCAAGGUAGGCUUUCCGGUAAUGUUAACGAGUUCUGUGACAAUUACUAUGUACCUAAUGAUCGCUCACGUCGUUUUCGGUUGGAACGGAUAGCCUGCCUUAUAGAGCCUGCAUUUGCACAUAAAAAAUUUAUUGCGCUUUCCAAGAUACUUUCGUAAUUGGAAUUAAACUUCACAACAUAGUUUGUAACAAUUACUUGCAAUACGAAAUUAAGUUGUUAAGUUUAACAACGUGUCCGUACAAGUAAAGU